AUGUCGACCAUGGAAAGCUUGACAACUGAUUUCGUGGAGGGACAGCUUCUGGAUGGCCGUUUCCGCAGUGUCGCCCCACUUAAUCAUGGGUCUUUUGGGAUGGUGUUCCUUGCCAAUGAUACCAAGACCGGCGAGGAUGUCGCCAUCAAACGCCUGGUCAAGGCUUCUGCCGUGGACUCUGCCAUCUACCUCCCCGAGGAUCAGUUUGAAGAACUUGAAUGUCACCGUCGAUUCGGAUUCCACCCGCAUCUGGUGAACUUGAUUCAUACCUUCGACACUGAUACUCAUACCUACCUCGUUUUGGAGUACUGUGCCAAUGGUGAUCUAUACGAGGCUAUUCGUCUCAACCGGGGUCCAUUGGAAACCGAACAUGUUCGGGACUUCAUGAUGCAGCUGCUGAGCGCCGUCGAAUUCAUGCAUGCCAAUGGCUUGUACCACCGUGACAUCAAGCCAGAAAAUAUCUUCUUGACACACGAUGGUGCCAUGAAGCUCGGUGACUUUGGUCUUGCGACUCAAGAAGCUUGGUGUUACGAAGCUUGCGUCGGCAGUGACCGGUAUAUGGCCCCCGAGCAGUACGAUCCCUCCACCACCGGCUACUCACCAGCAAAGGCCGACAUUUGGGCUCUGGGUAUCUGUCUGUUGAACAUCUUGUUUGCUCGUAACCCAUUCGUUACUCCCACCGAGUCAGACGUACUUUUUGCGGACUACGUGCGUGAUCGCCAGUCUCUGUUUGACAUCUUCCCCAACAUGUCUCAAGAUACCUACGAAAUCCUGACUCAUGCCAUGACUAUCGAUCCUGAGAAGCGCUCCUUGGAAGGUUUGCGCGAGGCUAUCAUUCGGGCUGUCUCUUUCACCACCGAUGAGGAGGCUCUUGACGACUUCUGCACUGAGGAUCGUGAGGUGGUUCCCGCCAGCGCCAACCGCGAGCCCCUCCGCACUCCAUCCAUUCAGAGCCCUUUUAUCAACCAAGGAGACUCCUUCCCCUGGGCCAAGGCACUUCAGACCAGCCCUCCUCAGGCUAUCCGCCAGCUGUCUGCCAUUCCUGACAAUGAGAGUUACACUGAGGAUCUUUUCCCCCCAUCUGAAGUUGCAGGAACGUCCUGGUUCUCGGUCAAUCCCGACACUCCAUCCAUGGCUUCUGUUUUGGACUCUCACUUCAGCGACUCAUUCCGCUCGCUCAACCUUCGCAAGCGCCAGGUCCCCUCCCUCCCUCGCUCAGAUCCUGUCCCCAUCACUGGAUCCCUACCUUCUCAUGCCACUAAGCCUCUGCCAUCUCUGGCCAUGGUCUUUGGUAAGAACAAGGGCUCAGAGCAGAUCUCUAAAAGUUGGUGUGACAUGUGGGAGGAGGACGAAUCCGAAAGCGAAGACAUCGUCAUGUUGCAGCGUCGGGAGCAGAACUCUCGCAGCUGGAGCCAAGAGAGCAAGGGCGCUGCCCUUCCGGGAUUGCGCGAGCAGGACUCCGCUUCCUUCACUCACCGCUCCCCUGUUCAAGAAUCCGGCCUGACCAAGGAACUUCGUGGCCUCCGCGAAGACUCUUUGGAUCUAGACAGCGAUUCUAGUACAUCCAGCAGCACCCCGCGUCCCGUGCACAGUUCUCCUGCUCCUGUCGAUAAGUGGUCUCGCCUUGGCGAUGUUCGUCGCAACUACAAACCCGACGAGCGCCGUAAUGCCAAGUCGCGCGAGGUCUUCGGUCCCAAGCGAGCCACUGCCUCCCAAAUUCGUCGACACGACUGGGGCCACGGCUCUUCCGGUUUCCGCCACGGACCACAGCCAAAGCGCGACUCCUCUUCUGACGCUCGUCGCCGGCAGCUGCUAGAAAAGGACUGGCGCCGCAAUGGGCCCAAACCUUAUCAUACUAAUUCAUACGACGAUACGGUCGACGACGAUCUCGACCUCGUCGGCGGAUGGCUCGAGACUGACUUCUAA